UAGCCUAUAUGAAGGCCCAAAAUUGUGUGUUCCUUUCUGCUCUGACAAUGGCAUGCCCAUUCUUGCGAGAUGUGGUGGAUGAAGAAGCACUUGUGCUGAGGAGAGCCUUCAGGCGAGAAAGGGUCUUCAGGGACCGGUUGGACCCACUGGCCUUCCCUGAUGACCAUCUAUAUGAAAGAUACAGGUUUUCUGCAGAUGGCAUCAGGUAUCUAUGCAGACUACUGGGUCCCAGGAUUAAGCACCGCACUGCACGGAGCCAUGCACUGAGUGUGGAGCAAAUGGUUUGUGUGGCCUUGCGCUUUUUUGCUAGUGGAGCCUUCCUGUACUCAGUGGGGGAUGCAGAACAGCUGAACAAGGCCACAAUUUGCCGCACAAUAAGGAGUGUGUGUCUGGCUAUCAAAGCAUUAGCAGAUGUCUUCAUCUCCUUCCCUGGCCACAGAAGACUCUGUGACAUGAAAGAGGAGUUCUAUAGGAUUGCAGUGGACUGCACACACAUAAGGAUAAAAGCCCCCUCAGGUGCCCAUGAGGCAGAUUUUGUGAAUAGGAAAUCCUUUCACAGCAUUAAUGUUCAGAUGGUCUGCAAUGCUGACUGUGUGAUCAGCAAUGUUGUGGUGAAAUGGCCUGGCUCAGUCCAUGACUCCAGAAUCUUUCGGGCCUCUGAAAUCUAUCAGUGCCUAUCACAAGGUGAAUUCUCUGGUGUGUUGCUGGGAGACCGGGGGUAUGGCUGCCAGCCUUUUCUCCUGACACCUUUCACAGACCCCCAGGAAGCACAGCAGGCCUACAACCAUGCCCAUGCCAGGACCAGGGCCAGAGUUGAAAUGACCUUUGGCCUCCUGAAGGCACGCUUUCACUGCCUUCACAAAUUAAGGGUCAACCCUGUUAGAGCAUGUGAUAUUACUGUGGCUUGUGCUGUCCUCCACAAUGUAGCCUGCCUGAGGAAGGAGAGGGCCCCCAGAGUGCCACCAGCCAUGGACUGGGACAAUCCGGCAAUCUUCCCUGAUGACGACAGUGGUCGGCUGCUGAGGGACCAAUAUGUGUUGAAUUAUUUUAGUUAGUAUGUGUGCUUUCAAUUUAGGUAAAAAAUGUCCUUUUGUGGCAGAGGAAAUAGGGUUUUUUUGGGUUUUUUUUUUUUUUAGGAAUUUGGCCUCUUAUGAUGUUUGUGCGGUAUACUGUGUGUAAUACAAGGCUGCAGGGAGGCUACUGCAUCCAUUCAUUUGUCUGUUCAGUUGAUGUGUAUGGAUUUGUCCUGCAUUUAUUUUAGUGUGCAGACAUGCAGGGUGUGUUAUAUACAUACCUUUGAAUGUGUAUGUAUCAUUUUGUAUAAUAUGCUUUGAUUCUGUGCUUUCCAUCUUGUAGAGUCACUGUGACUUCAGUUUCGAAAGGAGCUGAUAGUUUACCUGCUUUGUUUUGUCCUUAUUCAAUAAAGGAACAUAAUGUUACACAUUGUGUUUUUAUAUUCA